CGCUGGUUGAGCUGGGUGGGAGAUCGUUCCGAUCUUCGUUUCGCCUAUUUGCCAUUUGUUUGGUGUUCGUUGGAUCGUACGGUUCAGUUUUCUUCAGGUUGGCAAAUACCAAUACAUCUCAGCUUAGCUGGAAGAUAGAAGGCACAGUACGGAAAAGAAGCCGCAAACAUCAUGAGGACACUGCAGAUCGGGACGAUCGUAUUGCUAUGCCUAGCAUUAACGAUAGACGCACAAUGGUUCGGCAGUAGCAAAAAGAAGCAGGAGGAGGACCCGAACGUGGCGCUCCUGUCGUACGCACCGGUUGACCCAAACGUGACGCCACCUUCCUCAACGGUGGGAGUCACCACCAGCACGACGCCGAUCCCGUCCACCACGACGAAGAAGGGAUUCUUUGGCAAACUGUUUGGCGGAGGCUCAAAGAAGGAGGAAAAGACAACCACCACAACGACUACGACCACCACUACCACGACCGUCGCGACACCGACCACAAAGAAGCAGGGCUUCUUCGGUGGGCUGUUCGGCAAGAAGGAUAAAACGUCCACCACCACCGUCGCUCCGUCGACCACGGCCCGUGCGGGAACGACACUAAAGCCGGGCACUGUUACGACCACAGCCAAGACGUCCGCCAUUCCCAGUUCGGUCGGCACUACGGCAAAGACGCCAGUUGCUGCUGCUGCUGCUGCUGGCGUAACGUCAACCACUGUAAAGGCGGUGCCUGCUGCGUCUAGCACGGUUGCCACGACAUCGACUACACCGAAAUCGAAGGAUGCUUUCCCAGCACUUCCACCGGCACGCAGUGGCAGCCCCACGCCUGCUCCGGUUCCGACGUCCACCGUUGCCAACGCGUGGACACGCACUCCCCCGACCGUACAGCCGGGUGGCAAGCCGGGAGUAAGCUUCGUGCCUACCACGCCCGGAACGCCCGGCGCACAGAAGGUGAGCAGUACGCCGGCCGCAACCGCCGCCGUCGGUGAUGGGCCUGCUACGGACGAGGAGCUGAUGGCACUAUCGGAGCUGCUGUUCACGAAGGAUAACAACAGCCCGAGCAAGUUCGUUACGAUCAACUACCAGAAGCAGACGUCGUCCUUUGUCAACACCGAUGAGGCGCCGAAUCCAUUCCUAACGGUGGACGAAGCCAAGAUCUACGCCAUCCCGACGAUCGAGAAGAUGCACGCACUGUUCAACAACUACGAGCUGGACACGAUGACGAACGAGUUCGUGACGCCGCUGGAGAAGAAGGAGGAGAACGACUUUGUCGAUGCACUGCUCGCCACGAACGUGAUGCGCCAGGCGAUGCUGUUCCUGCAGAAGAAGGGCGUCGUGACGGCUGAUCCCAAGACGCACCACGAGCUGCUGAAGACGAUCUGGUUUACGCUGUACUCGCGCGGCAACGGCAAGAUCGGCAGCUCCGGCUUCGAGCACGUGUUCCUGAACGAGGUCAGCAACGGCACGAUGAUCGGUCUGCACAACUGGCUGUACGUGUACGACAUGGAGAAGGCGGGCCGCAUCGAUUACAAGGGCUGGAACAAGAAGAUGGAACUGGGCACGAAAGGAGAAAUUGCAAAGGUGCGACUGUCGUUCGAUAAUCUGCAGAAGCCGUCCAAUUCGCUGUUUGUCGGCACGUCGCCCGAGCUGGAGAUUGCGCUCUACACCGUAUGCUUCCAGCUGCGACCGGACAAGGAGUGCCCGGUGGCGGUCAACGGCAAACCGUUCACGAUCAAAACGUUCACUUUCCGGUACCGGGGCAAAAAUUUGAUCGGAGGCGCAUGGCCAAACAUUUAAGCACUCUCGAACGAUGAUUUCUCUUUCCGUUCGCACACCGUUGUAUAUCUAGGUGGACACGCACGCACGUGCACGAUAUUAAUCAAGCAUCAAUACCUCAUUUGUAAUGAAAAUAAAAAUACUUUUUAAACCUAAA